UGUUGGAGGUUUCCGCAGAGAUGUGUUGAUGUGGCUGGAUUCCAGAGUUUGCUGCUAAAGUUGAACUGUAAACAAUAUUCAUGGAUAACACCGGUAAAGAGAAGGAAGCCACGGCUCUCAUGGCAGAAGCCGAGAAAAAAGUCAAAUCCUCGCAGUCCUUCUUUGGCUCUCUGUUUGGGGGCUCUUCAAAGAUGGAGGACGCAUGUGAUCUGUAUGGAAGGGCUGCAAACAUGUUCAAGAUGGCCAAGAACUGGAGUGCUGCAGGAAACGCUUUUUCUCAGGCGGCUCUUCUACACCUGCAGAUGCAGAGUAAACAUGAUGCAGCCACAAACUUCAUUGAUGCCGGCAAUGCCUUUAAAAAGUCAGACCCCCAAGAGGCCAUAAACUGCUUGAACAGGGCCAUUGAGAUCUAUACAGACAUGGGCCGAUUUACAAUCGCAGCGAAACACCACGUCACCAUUGCUGAAGUUUAUGAGACUGAACUGGUCGACAUUGACAAGGCCAUUGCUCACUACGAACAGGCGGCAGACUAUUAUAAAGGCGAGGAGUCCACAAGUUCAGCCAACAAGUGUCUUCUUAAAGUUGCCACCUAUGCAGCUCAACUGGAACAGUACCCUAAAGCCAUCGAGAUCUAUGAACAGGUUGCAACACAUGCGAUGGACAGCACUUUACUGAAAUACAGCGCAAAGGACUAUUUCUUUAAAGCCGCACUCUGUCACUUCUGUGUUGACAUGCUGAACGCUAAGCUUGCCCUUCAGAAAUACGAAGAAAUGUUUCCAGCCUUCUCAGAUUCUCGUGAAUGCAAACUCAUGAAGAAACUUUUAGACGCCUUUGAGGAGCAGAAUGUGGAUGCGUACACAGAUGCUGUGAAGGAGUACGACACCAUCUCACGGUUGGAUCAGUGGCUUACAACCAUGCUGCUUCGUAUCAAGAAGAACAUACAGGACGAAGAAAACGGCCUUCGCUAAAACCUCCCUUUCGCUUCUGCUUUUUUUUUUUUUUGGGCCGACUAUCACCAUCUCUCUCAUUUACCAGCCACUCGACUCUCAGUGCCUUAAUUUCCACACUUUACCUCAAACAAAUCUCUCUCUUACAUGGCAUGCUGCUCAAACAUGGACACAGCCGCACCACCAGACCCCUUAAAGAACACUAAAUAAAGAAAGGCUGGGUGUUUAAAUGGGAUUUGAUUUGAUUUGGGGGAGUUUGUGCACGAGACGUAAAACCAACUACAUUAAUAUUUGGUGUGCUGUGCACGCCUACUUUCAGAAGUGCCUUGUGCUCUGGCUGACGUAGAGCACCUGUACUCCUGAGCACAAACAACCCUUUGUUCAAUCUAUUAACCUCUUUAGUGGAGAUAUAUUUUAAAUACCAAAUCUUGUAUCCCUGCAUAUUUUUGCUUGCUGAUUUGUGCAUGGACUAAUCUCGAAAUAUGAUUUGAAAUGCUGUUCGUUUUUUUUUUUUUGUAUUUUGACAUAAGAGAGUAAAAGAAAGACUGAUUCAGA